CAGCGUCUCUUCUCGCUCUCCCUCCCCUCUCCCUUCCCCCCGCUCAAUUUCUCUCAAGCCUUUUUUGGCUUCUACUGCUUCAUCUCCUCAAUUCUUUCCUUCACCACAUGCGAUGAUGCUGUCGCGAUCUACUUUCGGUAGAAAUGCGCCUCGUGCGCUGCAGACUGUUGCCAGCCGUCGGGCAAUGGCCUCUGCUGCUUCGGGUUUCCAGUACGACAUUUCCGAAUCCGCUGGCGUGAAGGUUGCCAACAGACAGGGUGCAGGCCCUACAAGCACUCUGGCUGUGGUAGCGAAGGCCGGAACCCGUUUCCAGCCCCUUCCUGGUUUCUCCGACGCCCUCGCACAAUUCGCCUUCAAGUCCACGCUUAAACGGUCGGCGUUGCGGAUCACUCGGGAGGUAGAACUGCUGGGCGGUGAGCUUUCCUCGAAGAACUCGCGCGAAAACAUCGUUCUCAAGGCCAAAUUCCUUUCGAAUGAUCUCCCGUACUUUGCAGAGCUGCUCGCAGAGGUUGCCUCUCAGACGAAGUUCCCAGCCCACGAACUCAAGGAACAUGUGGCGGCGCUUCUUCAUUUCAAGCAGAAGUCUAUUGCUGCUCACCCCGAGGUCUUGGCCGUUGAAGCCGCCCACGGUGUCGCUUUCCAUCGUGGUCUGGGUGAAAACAUCACCGAAGUUCCUUUCGAAAAAUACGUGAAUGUGGAGGCCCUUGCGGAGUUUGCGAAGGAGGCCUACUCUAAGCCCAAUGUUGCUGUCGUUUCCAGCGGUGCCGACUCCGCUGAACUGUCCAAGUGGGUUGGCGAGUUCUUCAAAGAGCUCCCCAGCGGAAGCACCAUUCAGAGUGAGGCCUCCAAGUACUACGGUGGUGAGACCCGCAUUUCUUCCAAGACCGGCAACGCUGUCGUAGUUGGGUUCCCUGGCUCCAGCACAUUCGGAACCCCUGGUUAUAAGCCGGAGGUUGCAGUUCUCGCUUCUCUUCUCGGCGGUGAAUCCACCAUCAAGUGGACUCCUGGCUUCUCUCUCCUGGCCAAGGCCACCGAGGGCUUCUCUGGUGUUCAUGCUUCCACCAAGAACAACGCAUACUCUGAUGCUGGCCUCCUGACCAUUACUGUUUCCGGAGCGACCAGUCAAAUCGGUGAGGUCAGCAAGAGUGUGGUUGAAGCCAUCAAGAAGGUUGCUGCUGGAGAGGUUCCUAGUGAAGAGGUCAAGAAGGCUCUUGCCCUGGCCAAGUUCCGUGCCCUCGAGUCGGUUGAGAACAUCGAAACGGGUUUGGAGGCCACUGGCUCUGCCCUCCUCACCGGCGGCAAACCAUACCACGUCGGUGAAAUCGCCCAGGCAAUUGACAGCGUUACCGCAGAGAAGGUCCAGGAAACCGCCAAGUCCCUCCUCUCCGGAAAAGCCUCCGUCGCCAGCGUUGGAGACCUCCACAGCCUGCCCUUCGCCGAGGAACUUGGUCUGACCGUGUAAGCAAAGAUCUAUACCUUAACCUACCUACCUGACUUGCCUGGAAAGGAAAGGAAAGAAAUGAAGGGAAGUCUGCUCCCACAUUUGUCUAGACAUUUAUCUUCCGUUGAUACUUGUAUUUUCUUUCUUUUCUUCCCUUUCUUUGCGUGAUGCCGCUGUAGCUAUAGCCUCGAGCGUAAUGCAAAAUUCUGUACCUUAUUUCCAAUAUGCUUUUCUUUCGUCUUGCUUUCUUAUUUUUCCUUUACAACCAGGAGCAUAUAAGCUGCGACUCUCCUCUUUUGUAUCCCCCUUGCCUUAAUGAGGGCACUCAAGAGUCUACUCAAUGAUCAGACAUGUUACUGAAUUACAUCCAAAAGCUUGGAGGAAGAAAGUUUAAACGUGGAGGUUCCCGAAAGAUAGUAUACCUUCCCAUCCGGCUACGGUUUACAGUGCUUAUCUUAAGCUCUUUACUUCCUGCAUAAACAUAUAAGCAUGGUAAGCAACGACUGUAAGCCUGGAUAAUCCAAAGAUCACAUGAUGGAUCCCUCAUCUCAGAACAGAAGGCAACAACACUAUUUUCACAUCUAUUAUUAUUACUCUGUACCAGAUACACUACAUAUUACCCACGGCUACAAUUAGAGUCAAAUAUGAAAAGCCUCUGGAAUCGAUAUCCAUAAUCAAAACACGGGUUGCUUUCACAU